AUCUAUAUUUACUGGACACAGGUUAUUGAAAAAACAGACAAUAAAUUAAGGUAUCUAGUGUGUGUGUGUGUGUGUGUGUGUGAGCAUCUGUGACUACCCGGUAAUAAAUGCAGGACCGCCUCACUCUAAUCAAGCUGAUUAAAAAUUCCUGCGCGCACAGCCAAUCGCACCACCGUUCUCCUCUGCUGUGUGUGUGUGUGUGUGUGUGUGUGCGCGUGCAUAUGCGUGCGUGUUAAUGUGCACGUGUGUGAUUUCUCUCCCUGUCCACUUUCUCCACUUUAUUUGUCUCCGUUAGGACUUUUUCGGCCUGAGAUGCGGAAGAAUCAAAUGUCGUCUUCUUCUUUUUUUUAAAGGGGAUUAUUUCUCUCUUCCUCACACACUCUCCACCCCCAACACACACACAUACUCUCUCUCUUUCUCUCUCUCACACACACACACACACCCAUCUUCUAUUUUUUUCCUAAUUUUUAUACCCCCUCUACCACGCCAUUUGAAAUGAGGAGGAGAAAGGGAAAGCACAGGCAGCGGCGGCACCAGCAGGAGACGAGAGGAGAGGGGGAGUGAUGAGUCAAUACAACUAAUAAUUUAAUGGGGACAGAGAGGGAGAGACGGAGCGAGAGGGGGAGAGACAGAGAGAGGGAGAUAGAAAGAAAGAGGAGCUCCGUCCGGACGCCAAUCCCCAACCAACAGGACACCUCCUACUAUUACUAUCGCCGGCAGCUCUCUGAUGCGUCCGCAGCAAAGCCUUAUUUAUCCUCGACACCGGAAAGUAAACCGUACUUUUUGACCCCCCCAACCCUCUUUCUGCUUGUUUUAUUUUGCGAACCUGUUUCGGCUGUCCGCAUAUCGUCUCAAGAUCGCCUCGACAGCGAGCUCACACAUCGGUUGUUCAGUAUUUCUCUCUCAGUCAGUCUCUGCCGGUAGUCACAUCUAGCUAAACCGACGUUAAGCUAUUUGUGUGUACGUUUUUAGUCUUCCCCCCCACCUCCUCCUCCUCCCCCUCCUCACUCCCCCGCCGACCCCCUGUUCGUGAACAUAACACAACGAGGGUGUUUGUUAGGUCUCGGCGGCGGUUAUUAUCAUCAUCACAACUGUGUCCGAGGUGCUGUGCUGUGUACUGACGACGGCUAACUGUUACAGUACGGCUGCCCGCCUGCGUGCCUGCCCGCCCGCCUGCCCGCCCGCUCGCCUGCCUGCCUGCCUGCCUGCCGAUUCGGAUGUUGUGGUGCGAACUAAAGCAGAAGUCGCCCUCACUUGUGAUAGUGAGCAGAGGUGCUGAGAAUGAUGGAACAUCUCAGCGAGACGUGUUUGGGCAAGGAGAACUCGGAGCUGGUCAACAGCAUGGCAGAGGCCAAGGCCCCGCCGGCCAAGCUGCCCCGGCUGGAGCAGAACGGCAGCCCCCUGGGCCGAGCCAGGCUGGGCAGCACCGGGGCCAAACUAGCCGGGGUCCCGUACAAACCCACCAGCCACCUGCUGAAGGCCUGCCACAAGAGAGGCAACAUGCUGCCUGUGUUCUGUGUGGUCGAGCACUAUGAGAAUCCCAUGGAUUUUGACAGCAAGGAGGAGCACGCCGAGUUUGUCCUGGUGCGUAAGGACAUGCUCUUCAACCAGCUCAUCGAGAUGGCCCUGCUGUCGCUGGGCUACUCCCACAGCUCAGCGGCCCAGGCCAAAGGUAUGAUUCAGGUAGGGAAGUGGAACCCCGUCCCCCUGUCAUACGUGACAGAUGCACCAGACGCUACAGUGGCUGACAUGCUGCAGGACGUCUACCACGUGGUCACGCUUAAGAUCCAGCUGCACAGUUGUCCUAAGCUGGAGGACCUGCCGCCCGAGCAAUGGAGCCACUCUACAGUAAGAAACGCCCUCAAGGAGUUACUCAAAGACAUGAAUCAGAGCUCUCUGGCUAAAGAAUGUCCCUUAUCACAGAGUAUGAUUUCCUCCAUUGUGAACAGCACUUACUAUGCAAAUGUGUCGGCGGCGAAGUGUCAGGAAUUUGGGCGCUGGUAUAAACAUUUCAAGAAGACAAAAGAUAUGAUGGGCAUGCGCCAACCCUCCCAGCUGGAGGGCUACCUGGGGACGUGUGUCCUCCGUGAGAGCCCGCGUGCCAAUGCACUAGAGAUGGAUGGCCUGUCCGACCUCUCUCCACCCGGCUCUAACCACAACCACAACCACCUGGGCUUCUCCCAGCAGCAGCAGCCGAUCCCCGGCAGCACAGCAGAGCAGACUCCUUCCUCGCCGGUGCCCCCGCUGUCUCACGCUCCGCCACCACACGGUGGCCAGACGGGUGGCCGACAGCCCCAGCUGCCCGGACUGCACCACCCGGGCCUGGUGUCCACGCCCAUCAGCCCUCAGCUGGUCAACCAGCAGCUUGUGAUGGCACAGAUCCUCAACCAGCAGUACGCAGUGAACCGGCUGCUGGCACAGCAGUCCCUGUCGCAGCAGUACCUAAACCACCCACCUGUCAACCGCAGCUCCCACAACAAGCCCUUGGAGCCACAGGUGGCAUCAAACACGGAGGUGUCCUCGGAGAUUUACCAGUGGGUGAGGGACGAGCUGAAGCGGGCUGGCAUCUCCCAGGCUGUCUUCGCUCGUGUGGCCUUCAACAGAACGCAGGGUUUGCUGUCUGAGAUUCUGCGCAAGGAGGAGGACCCAAAAACAGCAUCCCAGUCGCUGCUGGUCAACCUGCGCGCCAUGCAGAACUUCCUGCAGCUGCCAGAGGCUGAGCGUGAUCGCAUCUAUCAGGAGGAGAGGGAGCGUAGCUUGACGGCAGCUUCGGCCAUGGGCGCCGCUCCGCUCAUCAGCACCCCACCCAGCAGACCUGUGCAGCCCCGAAGGGAAGACUGUAACAGCGUGAGGCCUGAGGACUGGAAUCCCCGAAUCCCCGUGGGCAUUUCCCCUGUGAAACCGUCGCCUCUGCCCAGCGAGUGGAACGGCAAGACGGAGAGCUCCAUCCUCAACAUCAACUCCACCAUCUACGAUGAGAUCCAGCAGGAGAUGAAGAGGGCCAAAGUUUCCCAGGCGCUGUUCGCAAAGGUGGCCGCCUCCAAGAGCCAGGGUUGGCUCUGUGAGCUGCUGCGUUGGAAGGAGGAUCCCUCUCCAGAGAACCGGACACUCUGGGAGAACCUCUCCAUGAUCCGCCGCUUCUUGAGCCUCUCCCAGGCCGAACGCGACGCCAUCUACGAGCAGGAGAGCAGCGCCGGGCAGCAGCAUCACAACGAGCGGCCGUCGCACUUGAUGCACAUCUCCAGCGACCAGCUACAGGCUCAGCCACCCCAGUCACAGCAACAGCACCAGCCCUCUCUGUCUCUCCAGCAACCCUCCCAACCCCUUUUGUCCCAGCAGCCCUUGCAGCAACAGCAGUCCACCACCGGGCCCCGGUUGCCUCCUCGCCAGCCCUCCACCGCCUCCCCGGCCGAGAUGGAGGACGAUGUCAGCCGCGGAGGCAGCAUCAAGUCCCGCAGCGGCGGGGGGAAGAUCUCCCUGGAGGCUCUGGGCAUCCUGCAGAGCUUCAUCCAGGAUGUGGGCCUGUACCCCGACGAGGAGGCCAUCCACACCCUGUCGGCCCAGCUGGACCUGCCCAAGCUCACCAUCAUCAAGUUCUUCCAGAACCAGCGCUUCUACAUCAAUCAUCCAGCCAAAGGGCUCAAGGAGCCCAACAACAACAACAACGGCACCGCAGCCACCACCAACACCAACACCAGCAGCAGCAGCAGCAGCAGCUCGGCCUUCGAGGAGGAGCUGACGGACUUCAGGGAGAGCGGAGAGCUGCUGAAGGAGCUGGACGAGAGCACGCAGACCAACAGCACCAUCUUCUCCAUCAAGAUCGAGGAGCAGUUGGCCCGAGGCUCCGAGGCACAUGCAGAGUUGGAACACGAGGCCAAGGAGUAGGACUGUCCCCGUCUGAACGCGUACUGAGAGUCCUCUCACGCACACCACACACACACACACACACACACAGACUGUUGCCUGUGCUAAAUGUAACGCUCCGGCUGACACAGAACCACCACCCCACAAGUACAGAAAAGUAGUGUUUUUAAUCAGUCCUGCGUCCGGACUAUAAGAGGAGUGUUUAUAAAUAUAUCAGCUGCAGACUGACAGGCUAUGUGAAGUGAGUAUUCACACACUGGAGAGCCCAUUUCAGACUCAAGUACUACUUUUUGGAUUUUGUAAAACUUGUAUUAUUCACUGUAAAGACUGAUGCAUCAUUUAAAUAAUCUGCACAAAAAGUUAUUCUAAGUAUGUUGCCGUGGAUAUUUGCUGACUGCACUCUAUGUCUGUUGUUUUACACUGACUUACUUUAUCUUUUUGAGCUACUGAUUAUAUUUAAAAAGGAAAAAAAAAAAUCCCCCCUGGAGUUUGCUAGGACUUUGAUAGGUGUUUACGUACGUGAUGUUUAACUGGAUUUUUUUUAAAAAAACAAAAUAGCAAAUGAAAUCAAGGACCAAGUGGUUGACAAGGCCUUAAUUAUGAGGUAUCGAGUCUGGAGCCUGCUGGCAGAUUAGUUAUUCUUUUAAAAAGCGCAUAAUGUGAUUAUGGAUCACUUCAAACUCUGGAACGCGAUCACCCAGCCCAGGUGAAUCUCCGAGAAUAGCUCAGUCUUUACAUAUUAUUUGUUAGGGAGGAAAUAUAAAUAUAUAUAUAUAGACAUUAUAUUGUAACUGUAAAAAAAAAAAAAAAUACAGUCUUAAAGAAACUAUGCCAACAAAUGCCUUGUACUAUACGGCACUGCCGAUGUUAGAUUAUUUUGCAAAACCUUUGUCACUGUAACUUUCUGAAUCGCCACACAGUUAGAAAUGUGAAUCACACCAUGUUUAUGUUGUCCGACAUUAUUUAUUUGCAGUUCAUGCAGUGUUUCUGAUGUAAUUACUUUUUUUUUUUUAAAGUUUAUGUUACGUAGAGCUUUUUUAAAAUUCCACCAACCUUUUUUCUAUUUAUAAAUGUGAUUUCAAUGGGCAGUAAAAACAAAAAGUGUCUUAAACGUUUUAAAUGGAGAAAUGUGCUUUAAAGGUUGCCUAUAAAAAGUGCUGUAUGUCAACCAACUCAUGCUACAAGCUUCACAAUUAAUGUUGUAUGCAAUUUUUACUAUCAUGCAAAUAAGCUUAGGUAAAAUGACUAACCUAUAGAACACCUUAGAAAGAAAAACAUAUGCAAUCUGUGUGAAAAUCGAUGUCUGCGAUGUGUCUUCCUUUGGUUAACAAUCCAAUUCAAAAAGCUAUUCCUGUAUAAAUCUUCUGUAAAAAAGUGUUUCUUUUUUAUGAGUUUAUUUCAAUGAGAACACCAGUUAUUUUGUUACGACUGACUGUUUUAUAAGUGUUUCUCGGUUCCUUUCUGCAGAAAUGUUCUAACUAGAAGUGGUUAUUGAUUGUUAAUUACACGAUUAAACUGUUUGUAUUGUA